UGCAGUUCGCGGAGGAGGCGGAAGCGGGCAGAACCCGGAAGCGCGGCGCGACAUGGCUCAGGGCAGGCUCAAGGCGGCGGCAAAGCGGCCGGGAAAGGCGAAAGCGGCGGCGGCCUCGGCCUCGGCGGCGGCCCGGGGGCCGCGGAAGGGAGGCCGCACCAUCGCCCCCAAGAAAGUCCGCGUGAUCCAGCAGCAGAAGCUGAAGAAGAGCCUGGAGGUGGGCAUCCGGAUGAAGAUCGAGCACGAGGUGGUGAUGAGGGCCAGCGGCAGCCUGCCCAAGAAGCUGGCGCUGGUGAAGGCGCCGCCGCCCGCUGCUGCCAAGAAGGGCAAAGCCAAGAAGGCUCAGCCCUGAGCCAGGCUUCCCGAGCCUCGGGACCCCCCCCCCAGCCCUCCGGAGCCCCCGGGGCCCCCCAGCUGCUGGGGACGGCCGGUGGAGCCGGUGGCGCUGGACCUGGCACGAGCGUGCCCGUGCUCAGCCUUUUCUGCGACUUUUUUAAUAAAAGGGAGUGAAGGCGGGA